ACGUCAUCACUGGUGCCACCAGCGCGUGCACAGAGUUGCUAGGUAGUUUCUGAAGACAGAGUAAAGACAACGAAAGGAAGACAGCAACCGCUUACUGUAUUAAAAGGUAAACUUAUUAUUAUUAUUAUAUUUUAAACACUUCUAAAUAUUAUUAGACAGAAAGGAAGCAUUCUUCAGGUGCAGUUAAACCAUUUCCUAAGUAAACAGCGUUAUAGGUAGAAUAACAGGAUUUGUUUGUAACUCUAUAGAUGACGCGUUUGUCUCAGGAAAGUGUUUCAGAGGAUGUCCUGACUCGAAAUAGCAUUUGUAGGUCUUCAGAGGUCUUCUUCUCCUUCUUUUUUUAACGAUACUCCCUCACUGCUUUUGUUGUCGAGCUUGAGUUCCUGCAACCGCUACAUGCGUCGCCAUGGUGACGCAGCGUGCACGCGCAGGGUGGUUACGCGCCGAGCAGCAUCUCCCCUUGGCACCUGUCAAGGGGUGAGAUUAUAUUAGGCAGCAAGUGAGCAGUCAGUUCUCGAAGUUGAUGUGUUGGAAGCAGGAAAAAUGGGCAAGCGUAAAGAUCUGAGAGACUUUGACAAGGGACAAAUUGUGACGGCUGGACGAUGGGGACAGAGCGUCUCCAAAAUGGCAGGUCAUGUUCGGUGUUCCCGGGAUGGAUUGGUUAGUACCUACCAAAAGUGGUCCAAGGAAGGACAACCGGUGAACCAGCAACAGGGUCAUGGGCUCCUAAGACUCAUUGAUGCGCAUGGAGAGUGAAGGCUAGCCCGUCUGGUCCGAUCCCACAGAAGAGCUACUGGAGCCCAAAAUGCUGAAAAAGUUCAUACUGGCUAUGAUAGAAAGGUGGCCUCAGAAUUCCCCAGAUCUCAAUCCACAUCUGUGGGAUGCGCUGGACGAACAAGUCUGAUCCAUAGAGGCCCGACCUCAGAAUUUACAGAACUUCAAGGAUCUGCUGCUAAAGUCUCAGUACCAGAUACCACAACACACCUUCAGCGGUCUUGUGGAGUCCAUACCUCGAUGGGUCAGAGCUGUUUUGGUGGCACAAGGGGGACCUACACAAUAUUAGACAGGUGGUUUUAAUGUUAUGGCUAAUCGGUGUAAAUAGGGUUCAUUCACCAAUAUGUGCCGUAACUGAAGUGAUCUGAACUCACUUGUAUUGGUGCUGCUUUUAAGUUUUACCUCUACAAAACACAUCUAAUUCUAGCGAUGACUUGCAUGAGUACCUGAUAUUUAUUUGCUGCCUGAAAGAAAGAAAAAAACCUCCAUGUGGACGAAAGUAUGUGGACAGCUGACUACCACACCCAUGUGUGUUCCUUCAGCAAAAAAAGUUGGAAGCACACAGUUGUAUAUAAUGUCUUCGUACGAGAGUAGCAUUAUAAUUUCCCUUCACUGGAACUAAACAAUAAAAACCUGUUCCAGCAUGACUGUGCCCCUGUGCACAAAGCGAGCUCCAUGAAGCCAUUCUGUGCUAAGGUUAGAGUGGAAGAACUCGAGUGUCCUGCACUGACAACAAUCAGACAAACCCAGGCAGGCCUACAGAUCCCUUCAGAAAUCAAACAAUAAAAAAGUAUUCUAUCAUACACAGCUUUAGCAGAUUGCAGUCCAUUUGAGUCUCAGGAACCAAGAUCGCUAUCCAGUCCAUAAUGGAGUAGAGUUCAGGUGGUCUAGAGUUAUCGUCACAUGAAAUCGGACUGUUCCGUACAGUCCACACAUGGCCUCGGUGGAGCGUAAGCAGGAUGAGAAGGGACCCUUCUACCUUGGCUAUGGCAGUAGGAGACAGACGAGUGCAGAGAUAGUGACAGAAGCCCGGCAUUCUCUCAGGACUCUUCAGACACAGCGGCCCUUCACCCCACGAGAGGAGCACCGGCAGCUUUUUGGAGGAUCAGCCCGUACACGUGAUGGCAGACCGCCAUCUUCAUUCAGCCUACAUGCUAGGAAUUUCGAGGCUCCUGAUUCCAGGCCGAGUUCAGGGACCCGCCUCUUGCCUUUGGAACACAAGCCCAGGUUGCCACUUUCACUGGAUCUAGACUACAGUGAAGUUGAGAAAGGUUUACCUAAACCUCCAGCUGAACGUUUGGACAAAAGAGGUUCUGGAAGCGCUCGGACAAGGCUCGUCAGAGCAAGAUCGCUUACGCUGGUACCCUCUAUGACACAACACUCAAAUGUUCCUCAAACCGAGCGUGUUGACAAGCCUACCUUGGGUAUGACGCCAUCCCAGCAAGUGCACACAGAGUCGUUUUACUUGCAUUCCGGUUGCAAACAAGAAAGGACAGAGAAAUCCUCUGAAAUUCUCACACAGAAACUAACCAAACAUAGUGGAUUUCAACGGCCCAGCAGCGCCGACUUAUCUCAAGCAAAAGGAACAAAAACAGAUGCUGAGCGUGGCUGCGGAGACAAGGCAGGAAGUGAUGCCACUGAUGAAUCUGUCUUCUGGACCUCUGAGGUGCUUCCUAUUCUGCAGAUGUUUGAGUCUUUUUCUCCAGGAGGAAUCGUGUCAAAGGAGACUGUUGAGCGUCUUUGUGAUGCCUGUGCCAGUCUCCAUAACGUCCUGGCAGAGAAAGGCCUGCUGGGAAGGCGGUUUAAGAAAAGGUCUGCCGUUCUCCGCGCACUGUUUCGACUGAUCGAUUUGGGAUCAGACCAGCUAAACCUCACUCUGGCUAAUAUCAUACUUGCACUUAAUGUCAGCGGAAACAACUUGCUAAACAUUUGCAAGCUCGUCUUUAAUAUAAGCCGGAGUUCCAGAAACGACUUCCUGUUCCAGGACAACCCUGUUAUAGAUUCCCUCCUCUCACUGAUACAGUGUGAGGAUUUUAAUAGCAGUGGAGAGACUGUGCUGUACUGCAUAGGCUCCCUAAAGCUCCUCUCAGGAAACAGCACCCUCGCCAGGCUGCUCCUAGGUAAAGACUUCAUCGCAGUCUCGCUCCGUCUCUCUCAGCGACUGAUUCAGCCAACAGACCCUAAAGCUUUCCCUAAUGACCAUCACACGUUAGCAGGACAUGGCCAGCAUCCUAUCACGGGACAUAUACUGGUCCAGGUGACAGGAGCGCUGCGAAACAUGGCCGACCUGUCCGAGUCCCGUUCUUCCUUUUUGUCCGACGAUGUCUUCUCUACGUUGUGCGCGGUUAUGGAUCAUCGGCAAGAAGACGAAGACAUCUGCCUUAACGUAGCCAGGAUAUUUAGCAAACUGUCCUCAUAUGCUGAGUGCUGCUAUGCGCUAGCCGAGACUUCGAGCUGCUACAGGCUAUUUUUAGCCCUGUUGUGCAAACACAGCAGGAAACAGGCAUUGGUGGUACGUCUCCUAUUCACAUUAGGAAACCUGGCGGCUCGGAGCAAUGAUGCCAGAGAGAGAGUGUAUGAGGAGGAAAGGUCCAUAGACAUUCUCUUAGAACUUUUCCAGAGCUACCUGCAAGUCUCCAAGAAUCCUCCAAACUCUGAAAAUUAUACGCAGGAGGAUGAGGACGUCCUGAUCAAGCUGAUUCGAGUGUUGGCCAACCUGUCCAUUCAUCCCACUGUAGGCACGGCACUGGCAGCCAAUACACUGUUUGUGCAGCUACUACUGAAAGUGAUGGAGCUCAGGUCCGUGGAGAAGAGUACAGAGUUAGUAGUAAACGCUUCAACCGCUAUCAACAACUUGUCCUACUACCAAGGAGAGAGCUCCAUCGUCCGCAUCCAGCACGCACACGUCUCCCAGUUGUUGCUUCAGCUGUUAUUAAGCACAAAUACGGAUGCAGUUUUGGAAGCUAUACGUGUGUUCGGUAACCUCUCUCAGAUCGAAGAAGUACAGCAGUUUAUCAUCACAAACAAAGUGCUCCAGUUCGUGGUGGCUCUACUGGACUCCAAGAAUCCCGACAUGUGCUUCUCGGCAUGUGGAGUCCUCACAAACCUCUCUGUGGAUCCCAAGAACAGAACCGUAAUAAACGAGGAAGGAGCCACACCCAAGUUGAUCGAUUGUCUGCGGGACUUCGGGCCUCAGGACUGGCUUUUGGCUACACAGGUGUGCCAGACGCUGUGGAACUGCACUGAAGACAGAGAGCAGGACUAUGCACAAGAGUUAUGCACAAUACUUUCUCUCUACUCAGACCCAAAGGCUUUGCAGUGGCCCUCAAGCGACGAUAUGAAGGCUUACCAGGAGGCAUGCUGGGAGCUGGAGUUUCUACCUGUCGCCGAGAGGCUGAAGAAACGCAUGCAAAGAUACGUAAACAUACCGGAACCCGUCAGCGAGCCUUCCCGAUCGAGGAUCCCCGAAGUGCGACCGUACAAGAAAUAACGGUAUAUCGGGAUAUAUAUAUAUAUAUAUAUAUAUAUAUAUAUAUAUAUAUAUAUAUAUAUAUACACACACACAAGGAGUGCACUUUAACUUUGAUUUUUUAUGUAGUGAAUUCGCCAGGAUACGCCAUUUUCAACAAUCAGUACCGAGAGAAACAGCGAAUACAGUGAAUCAGUUUGAGGUUUCGGACCGACCGCAUGUACGGCCACAGAAAUAAUUCAAGAAUAUUUCAUAAGGAACACCCAGGACCACGGCAAUGAUCUCAAACUCUUUAUUAAAGAGACCAGAAGGGACACAGGACAGAGUUAGGAUCUCACAUUACAGCAAAAUGAUACAAAAUGGCACUGGC